AUAUAAUGAAUGGACGGUUCUAUGUGUAAAAUAUGCUGCGCUUUGGCGCAUAAAACGGAGAGGAUAACACUUUUGCGAUGAACCUUGUCUUACAAGAUCCUGCGCUGCUGCUGCUAUUGCGUGAUGUACAUCACGCCCUUGCACACGGCGUUGCCACCCACGUUAGUUUUAGAAAAUACGUCCAUAGCGUUAGGAGAUGUUGCCAUCAAUGCCGAUUUUGCAAGGUUAGUGCCAACCUCCUUGAGGUGGCCAGCUUAAUAAGCCGCACAUUGGCCAAUGGAUACAGGGAACUGACUGUAUUUUUGGUUGUGGAGGAAGAAAGGCAGCUGUAUUCAACAUUUGUACUUGAUUACAUCCAAUCUUUGUACGCUCUGGUAAUACAGACCUACGCACGAUACGGGGCCGAUGUGGGUUUUUGUUUACCUGGUGAUACAGUUGGGAUACUGAAUCCUAACACCCACAAUCUUACAGUGCUACCGCUGUACGACUGGCGAGGUCUACUAGAUCGAGCGCCACAAUGCUCGUAUUUUGACUCUAGGUCCGAGCUUAAAUUCCUCAUGGUCGAUGGUACACCGUAUGUGUUUGCAGAAUUCUACAACGAACUCGCUAGGCGAGGCUACGUUGUUGACGCUACCUGGGAUUCGACAGUCUAUCUGUCAACCCAAGUGCAUCGAAGUUGCAAUGGCACAACUUUAGAUCACGCUUCAUCAGAAGAUUCGGCCUUUUCUCAAGAUGAUAUUGACAAUCAGCCUAAAAAUGGCAUAGUCUGUGUUAACCGCAACACUGCAGUUGAUAGCAGUUUAAGUAUGGCAUAUGCCAAUACAGGCCAGUUAGACCCCCUUGGUCAUUACCAGGGCAGCUUGGAAGUAAAUACCUUUGAAAUGCCAAGUGUAAUUAAACGCAAUAUUGUCGACCCAAUUAACGGUGAGACACAGGCCAAUGUGGAUCAUGUUGUCCCUCGCUUUGAAAGGUCUACCUCUAUGCCAUGUUGUUCAGUGUUAACCAAUAAUGUGGGCGUAUCGGAUCACUCAAUGCACACUUCAUUAUCUUUCCAGGAUUCCGGAGAUACGGAGAUACUACGUCUCCUCAGGGAAGUGGAUUGUCUAGCGACGUAUGACAGCAAUCAUGAUCAGGUAACCAGGGAAAUACUCUUUUUCGACAAGGUGAUGUGUUGUGGUACAUUCGAUUGCUUGCACUUUGGCCAUAAGUACCUACUUCUUGCUGCAUUCCUUAGCUGCUACCGGGCUUUACAUAUAGGUAUAACAGCACCUGAUGCAAUGCUGAGCAAGAAGAUAGACUUUUCACUUAUACAGAACUUGGAAAAACGUAGAGAUGCCGUGAAGCGCUACAUGUGCAUGUUACAGGUGCUUUAUGGUCCCAGGACCGUGGUGACACCACUGACGCCAAACAUCGCAGAAGGAAGCACAGUAGUCAGUUACCACAAUUGUGACUUCUUUUCUUAUCGAACAGUGCCGGUGGCACUACAAAAGUGCACAAAACUGUCGUACCGUGAGUUCCGAGCCCCAAACAGGGCACGCAACAAGACUGAUCAGGUAAAUGCUUUGGGCCCGAUAGUGACGACGUUUGAUCUUAUGGAUCAAUAUGGCCCAGCUGGUGUUAUACAGGAUUCCUUCGCACUUGUUAUAUCACCGGAAUCGCUACCAGGAGCUGAAAAGGUGAACAACUUAAGGCGUUCCAAGGGUCUCAAGGUAUGGCCGUUACUUUCUGCUGGCUUUGUUUUACACCCUGACCACAAUACACGCAGGAAGAGUCUCAAAAAAGUGAGUUCAUCCUGGAUUCGUAGCGGUUUGAAAUCGAUAAACUGAGACCCUUGGUCUUUUUACCA